AUGACGCAGACCAUCGAUUCAGAGCUUAUGUCGGUCGAUCCUCCAGAAGUAGCAGAAGAAACCAGUAUUCCUAGCUCAGGAAAGUCUAUACAACGAGCUUGGGGGUAUAAUAAACUCAUGGCGAGGCUAUGGUAUUAUCAACUUAUGGCAUGGCUACAUCUGCCACUUCUUCUCGAGUCUGGAACCCAUAGGCGGUACGACUACAGCAGGCAAAGUUGCCUCGAGGCAUCCCGGCACAUGAGUACACGUUAUAUUUCCAUGCGCCGGCUGACUCCUGAAAGUUUCUGCUGCAAAUCGCUUGAUUUCCAGGCUUUUACUGCGGCUGUCACUCUUAUGAUCAAUAUAAUAAGACCAGGUGGUCGGCCCCAGUCCAGUCCGAACGAUUGGCGCGCUGUUGAAAACGUCAUGGAGACUCUGGAGAAAUUGGCAGAGGGACAACCACCUGACAAGGUGGCAACUCGAGGAUUUAGUGUGCUACGCACAUUGAAGAAUGUUGCUAAGGGCGAGAGACCAUCACAAUCUGCCAACUCGGCAGGGCUCUCGACUGAAGAUCGCCAGUCCAACCGCAUCAAAGUCGACAUUCCGUAUUUCGGUACUAUUUUUCUUGAUUGUGGUAUUCAAGGUGCAGACAAGCAAUGUCCUGAUUCCCUUCCAGCACAACUGCCUCGGCCAUCAUUUAAUAUGGCCCUUAGCGAAAGUUCCUUGCAAGCAGAAAUCCUUCCUUAUUCGAGCACUACACAGGGUCCACUCACGGAUGGAGCGCCUUGGCCUUGGCCAGAGAUUCGCAUGGAAACGGAAACCGCUGAUAUUGGGACUUUUGACCCGGAAUUGACGACACUGCCUCCGUUCCUAUCGGAGUUUAGAGACAAUUGGGACCUAGGUUUGUAA